CCUUUCAUUUCGGAUUGUUUGCAGAAUGAGAAGUCCCAAACCUUCACCUCCCAUGUGAUGAUCUCAAUGGGCUGGGAGAAUGAACUGAUAUCGUGGGAACCCAAUGACUGGUGUGGGAUUGAGAGCGUAGCAGUUCCCAGAGACAUGCUGUGGAUACCAGAUGUAAUGAUCUUAGAGGACAUUUCUGAUACAGGCAGUAUCACAUUGAGCCCCUACACAGAGGUGGCCCACUCUGGCAUGGCCUAUGUGACAGAAAGCCGCCGGUUGACCACCACCUGCAAGAUGAAUCUAUUUAAGUUCCCCUUUGACACCCAGAACUGCAGCAUUACCUUUAUUUCCUUUAUGCUUAAAGGUAUAAAGUUGGGGCCCUUCUCCAACAGCAUUAUCAUGAGCCAAUUUUCCGAGAAGGUCAUGGUUACAUUGGGGGAAUGGGACUUCCUGGGCAUUAGGUUGUCCAUGGAAAAGCUCAUCUACGACAACAACAUUGUUUGGGACAAGCUGGUCUACAAGAUCAGCAUACGAAGAAGACCCCUUUUAUAUGUGAUCAACCUCCUACUACCACUCUUAUUUUUCCUCAUCCUGGACUUGGCCUCCUUUUUCAUUGAUGAGGCCAAGGGGGAAAAGCUGGGCUACAAAGUGACCAUACUCUUGUCCAUCUCUGUCUUACUGCUGAUUCUCAAUGACAUCCUGCCUUCAACWGCAGAUGACCUGCCACUCAUAGCUCUUUACUGCAUCGUAAUCUUUGCCCUCACGGGCCUCAGUCUCCUGGAGACCAUGCUGGUGAGCUUCCUGAUUGAUAUGGACAGCAGGGUUGAUCACGACAUCCAGACCUCUUCUAAGACCUGUGGGGAGACUCCGGAAGAGACCGACUGCCAAAGAGAGUCUCAGAGAGAUGCUGAGAUCAGCCUGGUGAAGGUUGAGGACAUUCCAAACAAGGAACUAAAUGGAGACUGGCUGAGCAACCCCCGCCUACUGCAGCGGAUCCUAGAGGUGCGGAACAUACGGCAGAAAUGGUUUUUUGCUAGCGUGAGAUGUGACAAGAAAAAGCCUGGGUACUGGGAGAGAGUGGGCCGACAAAUUGACCAGGCUUACUUUUGCCUUUAUCUCAUCACCACCAUUGGUUUUCUGGUAUUCACUUAUCAUCAGUGGCUUCAUUAGUUUUGCACUUUAUAAGGUGUGUGUAGAUCAUACAGUACGUAUGUCUUGGUGCUCUAGGCCCCUUGUGUUUUUAUUUAUUUAACCUUUAUUUAACCAGGUAGGCAAGUUGAGAACAAGUUCUCAUUUACAA